AUGGCGGCCACACGGCGAUCUGCGCGCAUCAGCAGCAGAGCGAGCACUCAGGAUGCCGCCGAAGCUGCAAAGGCUGCUACAAAGCCCAACACGCGGAAAAGAAAAUCGGUCCCGGAACCUGAGCCCUCGGCGCCCAAAACGCCAACCAAGAAGCAGUGCCCAUUUGCUCCCCCCCUGACGCCCACCACCAGCGCCCUGCCGCUCAACGGGACCAAAGGCACCGCUCACAAGUCCGUCACCCGCCUCGCGGACCCCAAGUUUUCCAAUGCCACGCUGCUGUCGCCGGAGACGUCGCGGGUCAUUGCGUCGCGCAAUGUGGAAGCGGUGUCGCCUUCAAAAGCGCCGUCCAUUGGCGUCCGGACGACGACGACGACAACGGCAACGAUCCUGAAGGAGGCGUGCGAUCAUCUCAUCAAGGUAGACGAGCGCAUGCGGCCGCUGAUCGAGAAGCACCAUUGCCACGUCUUUUCCGCCGAGGGGCUGGCGGAGAAGAUUGACCCGUUCGAGAGCCUGGUGAGCAGCAUCAUAUCGCAGCAAGUCUCCGGCGCGGCGGCCAAGUCCAUCAAGAACAAGUUUAUCGGUCUCUUCUUCCCCGAGGGCCAGACCCGGAUCUUCCCCACGCCGUCCGAAGUCGCCGCAUGCUCCAUCGAGCGGCUGCGCACCGCGGGCCUUUCGCAGCGCAAGGCCGAGUACGUGCAGGGCCUGGCCGAGAAGUUCGCCAGCGGGGAGAUCACGGCGCAGAUGCUGCACGACGCGCCGGACGAGGAGCUCAUGGAGAGGCUCAUCGCGGUGCGCGGGCUGGGCAAGUGGUCCGUCGAGAUGUUUGCCUGCUUCGCGCUCAAGCGGAUGGACGUCUUCUCGCUGGGCGACCUGGGCGUGCAGAGGGGCAUGGCGGCCUUUGUCGGCCGGGACGUGGCCAAGCUCAAGAACAAGGGAGGCAAGUGGAAGUACAUGUCGGAGCAGGACAUGGUGGAACUGUCUGACAAGUUCAGCCCGUACCGGAGUGUUUUCAUGUGGUACAUGUGGAGGGUGGAGGAGACGGAUAUCAGUACUCUGGAGUAG